UGAGACACUACCAGUUGAAUAUCUGGGAGGGAAGGCCCUCUGUAUGAAUCAGUACUACGAAGUGCUGUCGUCCUGCCGUAUCCCUGGUCUGAAGAGAGACUCGGUGGUAAACCACGCCAAGAGCUCCAGGCCCCCUAAACACAUCACUGUGGUCCAUAACUUUCAGUUCUUUGUGUUGGACGUGUACAACAGCGACGGGACUCCACUGACAGCUGAUCAGCUGUGUGUUCAGCUGGAGAGGAUCUGCAGCUCCUCACUGCAGACCAACACAGAACCUGUGGGCAUCCUCACCACCCAGCAUCGAGACUCCUGGGGCAAAGCCUACGUCAACCUUAACCAGGAUAAGACCAACAGAGAAUCUGUGUCAGCCAUCCAAAGGAGCAUCUUCACUCUGUGUUUGGAUGGAGCGAUGCCCCAGGGGUCCGAUGAGACGUACCGCAGCUGUGCUGCAAUCCAGAUGCUGCAUGGAGGAGGCAGCCAGUGGAACAGCGGCAACCGCUGGUUUGACAAGACGCUGCAG